UCAAUUAGGGAUUUUGUAUUGAGAUAUUAGAUACACAUGUCAACAAUAAAAACAUUGAAUGUUUACAAUGUGUAUUCCUCAAAUUAAUCUUCUAAGUCGGUUAAUGUAGAUAGAUUUUAAUAUUCGGAAAUGGAGGUACAAGGAUUUCCUUGUCCACUGUGCUGCGAUGAGACCUUUGAGUCUAAGCAAUCUUUAACAGAUCAUUUGCAUAGCAUUAAUUCAAAUAUUGUGUGCCCACUGUGUAAAGGAUGUGUAUUUUCUUUGGAAAAUUUGAUAGUACAUUUAAAUUCAAGCAACUGUUCAUCAGAUAAUGGAACAGGACGUGUUAUGUAUACUAAUUAUACAGAUGAAGGCAAGAAUAACAUAAUCGAGUACAUUAAUAAUACACAAUCAUUUAGUGAUGGAAACAGUUCUGACAACAACAGAAACAACACUGACUUACAUUCAAAUUCCCCAAGUAGUCUACCUGAAGAUACAGUUUAUUUGGAGUAUGUAGAUAAAGAAAUCAUUAAAACGGGGAUACAAACUCAAGGUCUUAGUAAGAAGAGUGAAGAAAAUUAUGUUAUAUUUUCUGAUAAUGAGUCUAUGCUAAAUGAGGGUACUUUUGUUACAAAGCAAAAUGAGGAUGGAACUGUAUCAUUUACUAUGCAAGAUACAAAACCACCCGAUGAUAAUGAACUACAUAAUAGUGGUAGCCCAAUAAUGGAUACAAAUGAAGUAAAGUUAGGAAAUGAAACACCAGCUAAUCUAGAAGAGCUUUAUACCUGUAAUGCUUGCGGGAUAUCAUUUACAUCAGUAUCUGAUCAUAUUGCUACUUACCAUAGUGGCCAAGAUGUAGUGGUUGAGGAGCUGCUAUUGGAGGGUCAAAACACUAUUGAUCAAACCCAGGACAUGAUAGACAAUGAGGCACAUACAGAAAAACAUGUUUCAAGGAGAAUGAUUACAGAGUCUGGGGAUAUAAUAGAGGAGACAGUUGAACAACAGCCAGAGAAGAAAAAUCCACGCGAAACCAAGAUGCAUGUAUAUUCCAAAAAAACAAAGAGUCCCAUUAAAGUGGAGGGAUCAAAUGCGACUGUCUCAGAUGUAGAUGUAUGUAAUGAAUUACCAAAGUUUCACAAAGUUGUGGUUUCACAGUUUCACAGUGUUAUGGCAACUUCUGAUAGCUCAAAGAUGCAAGUAUACUCCUGUGUCAAUUGCAAGACCAGGGUCACAGCAUUGGACGACUUCAAGACGCAACCAUGCAAGAAGCGCAUAUAUCAAUGCGCUCACUGUUCGACGCAAUAUGACAAUCCGAAAUCGAUGUGUGCACAUAUGAAAGUACACAAAGGGAAACCAGAAAAUUUAGAAGCUAAGGCCACGACGUACGAGUGUGAGCUGUGCAACACCACUUUUCAAACGUUGAAGUCAUUAAAACUACACAAACGGAUGCACGAUCCUCUCAAAUCGCGUCCGAUAGAACUGCCGGUGAAUGCAAUACAGUGCCUUAACAGCAAGGAUAGGACGUUCAUUUGUUCCGUGUGUGACAAAGAAAUACCAGUGGAGUAUAAAUUGGUGCACCUGAAAUCACACACAGAGAACAGUAAUAAGGUGACAUGCGAUAUAUGCAACAAGAUAUUCCCCUCCAAUGACUACUUGGAAAUGCACAUGAAUGUCCAUAAUACGGAAAAGGCACCAUUACGUAAGCAGGACGCGUCGCUACCAUACCAGUGUCUGUAUUGCAACAGGAAGUUCGCGAGGCCUCAUGAGAAAGUCAAACAUGAAAGGAUUCAUACGGGAGAGAAGCCGCACUCGUGUGAGAUCUGCGGGAAGUCAUUCCGUGUGGCGUAUUGUCUCACGCUACACAUGCGCACACAUACCGGCGCCCGACCCUACCACUGCCCGCAUUGCCCCAAGAAGUUCAAGGCGCACAGCGUGUUGAACCAUCAUUUGUUGACGCAUUCGGACGUUCGUGCGUACAAGUGUCCGUUCUGUCCCAAGUCGUUCAAGACAUCGGUACAGCUCGCCGGACACAAGAACUCUCACACCAAACCCUUCUCCUGUCAGACAUGCAACAGACCGUUCGCAUCGUUGUACGCGGUCCGCGUGCAUAUGGAGGUGCACACGCGGCAGAACAACCUCAAGUUUGCGUGUGGCCUGUGCGGUGCCAGCUAUGCGCGUGCCUUCGCGCUCAGCGACCAUCUGAAGCAGGCUCACGGGGACGCGCCGGGCGAUAAUGACAUAACAUCAAAAGAAAAAUGGAUAAUAAAAGACGAAGAAAUGAUCGAAGAGACUGAUCUCAGUAAUGAUUUAUCACAAGAUUCAAACAUCAAAGAAGAAUGGCAGCAACAGGACAGGGUCAGUGUGGAGGAAAUGGAUGUAUUAAGAGAUGAUUUGCAUCAGAACAUAAAUGAAAUAGAAAUCAAGCCACACGAACUUAUCAUAUCAUAGGUUAGGUAUCCCCGGAAGCAAAUUGUUCCGCUAGUUCCACCACUUUGAAGAUGUAUGUUUGGAGCGAACCCUCCUAUUACUAGGCUGUGCUGUGAUGAUAAACAUGUAUAGUGAUUACAUCGAUAUUAAUCUUACUUCUCUCCAUACAGUUCGUAAAUUAUUUAUAUGUAAGUUUAUCGAAUAAAAUGUAGUCAUAAUUAUAUUUCUUAGUUGUAUACAAUAAUAAUUUAAUAUCCAUGUAUAUGUAACCAUUAAUACUUAAGCAUAUUUGUUUUUUCAACUAAUAUUUACAUUGUGAAAAUUAUAGAAGCAUGUGGUAGAUACCUGUAGUUGUUUGUUACAUUAUGUAAAAUAUUUUCAAUUUUUAAUACAAAGGAAUGUUGGUAUUUGUAAAUAAAUAAAUAAAUAAAUCAUUCCACGGGAGAACCAACAGUUGCCAACAUACCCUGAGCAAAGCUGGAUUCUAGAUUAUAAAGUAAUAAUAGUGACCGAAAUUCUUAGUGCUUACGCUGUCAUACGAAUAAAAUUAUUGUAAUAUAUCCCGUGGUGAUUAGGUUGUUAAGGUUUGUAAUCGAAUAGUGUUUGAUAUUGUUCAUAGAUGUCGCCC